CUAAAUCAUAGGAAAACCCCAAGCUUCGCUCAGACUAGCUCGCGCGGUCCGCUGCUUUCUGAGCAUUCCUUCAGUCCAUCGAACGCCUAUUUAUCUGCCUCCCCUUCCCUCUUCUCCAAUGGUUUAGGUCGAGUAGCCUCCGAGAUGGCCGCAAUAACCACCACCGGUAAAUGCUUCAAGGCGCCGUGGGCUCGCCUACUAUCUCUGCGCUCCCUCUCCCAACUUCCCAAUGGCGGCGCAAUCCAUCUCGCCGCCGCGCGAAGGCCUUCGAUCCGGCCCCUCCUUUCCCCCCCGAAAUUCGAGCCCCAGCUCAACCGUUGCUUCUCGGCCAGUGCGGUGAUGGGGGACCGGGUGGUCCAGGAGCUGCUGGCCGAGGUGGAGAGGGAGAAGCAGCAAGAGAGAGAGCGGAAGAGGAAGGCCGGAAUAGAAGUCGACAAGGAGGAAGAAGAGGAGGACUACAUGGGGGUGGGCCCGCUUAUAGAGAAGCUGGAGAAGAAGAAGGUCAAGGAUUUCGACAAUAUCGAUCAGUUCUGGGAGCCCACCGACUCCGAGAGCGAUGAUGACGAGCGCUUCUCUCCUGACGAGGUGAAGAAGCGCGCGGAUGAGUUCGAGAAGAAGUGCAAGCGACACGGGGAGCUGCUCAAGAACUUCGCGGAGGCUGAAACUCUUGAUGAAGCUCAUAAAUGGAUGACAAGGAUUGACAAAUUUGAGGACCGAUACUUGAAACUGCCAUUGGAGUACAGGGUUAUUGGUGAUUUGAUGAAUCGCCUGAAGGAGACAACUGAAAAAAAGGACAGAUUUAUUCUUCUGCAGAAGCUAAAUCGAGCUGUGAGGCUGAUGGAGUGCAAGGAGGCCUAUGACCCAAACAAUCCUGCAAAUUUUGGAGUCAUCCAGCAUCAGCAAGUUGGUUCUCCUGAGGAUCUGGUGGAUAAUGCUGGAUUUGAAAGGGAAAAGCAAAUGAUUCAAGGGGCCAGUCUUGAGGAAGAUGACGAAGAUUUCUCUGAAGUAAAAGAGAUGGAUGAUGUACUAUUGAAGAAACUAAAUGCCAUAGAGAAAAGGAUUGAGGAGAAGCUAGCAGAACUAGAUCAUACAUUUGGGAAGAAGGGCAGAGUUCUGGAAGAGGAACUCAGAGAGCUGGUAGAGGAGAGAAAUUCUUUGACAGAAAAGAAAAGAAGACCUCUCUAUCGGAAAGGCUUUGAUGUGAAGGUAAUCGAUGUAAAUCGGACAUGCAAAGUUACAAAGGGAGGGCAAGUGGUGAAGUACACUGCAUUGCUUGCUACUGGAAACUACCAUGGAGUUGUGGGUUUUGCUAAAGCUAAAGCUCCAACAGCUAAGAUUGCUAUCCAAAGGGCAUACGAAAAAUGCUUCCAGAAUCUUCAUUAUGUGGAGCGAUAUGAAGGGCAUACUAUUGCUCAUGCAAUCCAUAUGAAAUAUGAGAAAACCAAGGUAUACCUCUGGCCAGGUCCAAUGAGAAGUGGGAUGUCAGCAGCCAGCAGAACUGUUGAAACUGUCUUGCGUUUAGCUGGGUUCAGCAAUGUCAAAUCAAAGAUCAUUGGCUCAAGGAAUCCGCUUAAUGUUAUGAAGGCUCUUUUCAAAGCACUGAAUGCCAUUGAAACCCCGAAAGAUGUCCAGGAGAAGUUUGGACGAACUGUUGUUGAAACAUACUUGUUAUGAAGCAAUCGCAUCUGAGCACUCCAUUUCAAUGUCAAAAGUUCUUUUAUUUGCAAUUUUUUUUUUCAGUUCUUCAAGCUAUGUCCCUCCAUAAGCUGAGCCAAACCCUCUUGAUGUUUUUAAGGUCUUUAGCCAUUUUUGCAACCAUCCUCUCUAUCCAGUCAUGUACUGAAUAAACACAAGCAACCUGUGGGUCCACAUCAUGUUUAUGAGGAUAAGAUUGGACUAGAUCAUGCUUAUCUAGGCAUGACAGACUUUUAGAUUAGCCAAGUUGAGAUCUCACAUGGGUAAAUCUACAAGGAUACCAUUAGAUUCAACCAUGCAUCUGAAUCUUGUCCAACCA